AUAUAGUAACUGUGUUCAGACAUGGUGUUGGGAGUCCUGAUCGUAGCUUGUUGUGUGUUGUUCGCUGUGUGGAGACUGGUGAAGCCGAGGUCUCCAUCUCCUACCGUGGACCCUGAGAAAUUGGGGGCUGACUCAUCUCUGUCAUGCAUUACGUCGGCGAUAUGGUCCUGGUUGAAACCACGCAGUGUGAAGUCACCGACGAUGUACCCUGGAUGUCUGCCACUAAUAGGACACGGGUAUCAGUUAAUAGGAGACGAUAAACAUUUGUGGAAGCGCGAAAAAGAAUUUUACGACUUCUGUUUGCAGAACAAUGAUCUUAUUGAAGUACGAGUUGGAACUCAUUCAAUGUUCAUAUUAACAGAUCCAGAUGAUAGUCUAACAGUAGCAAAUAACUGUUUAGAUAAACCAUACAUCUACGGUUUUGGCCAUAACGUUUAUGGCAGGGGCCUUGUAACAGCAGAGGUCAAUAGGUGGAAAAUUCAUCGUAAGCUACUGAACCCAGCGUUCAAUCUGAAUGUGCUGCAGUCAUUUGUCGGAGAAUUCAACAGACAGGCGAAGCUACUAGUGUCUUCACUCGCCUCAGAAGCAGGGAAGGGACCUUUUGACAUUCGGCCAUACUUGAUCACCAAUGAAUUGAAAUCUGCUUACCGAACAGCAUUUGGAACAAAAGUUGAAAACAGUGAGACGCUUACAACUUACUCUCAUGCUACUGAAAAAAUAUUGACGCUAAUAUUAGAAAGGAUGCAGAAUAUCUGGUUACAUUUAUCCUUCAUCUACAAAAUGACGAAGUCCAGCAGAGAAAGUGAUAAACUGGCUAAAAUCAUGAAAGACAUAACGGAAUCGGUGAUAAAUAAUCGAAAAUCUCAAUUGAAAGCUGCUAAACAGUUCGAUAAAGUGGGGGAUUCAGCUACAGAAGACUUUGUGCCUUUAUUGGAUCGAAUGCUAGACCUGGCUGAUAAACAAAAUGCCUUCACCGAUGAUGAUAUCAGGGAACAUUUAGACACCAUAGUAGGAGCUGCUUACGAUACUACCGCAACUGCCGUAACGUUCAUUUUGGUAGUGAUUGGAUCACAUCCUGAUGUACAGGAAAAAAUGUAUCAAGAGCUACAAAAGGUGCUGGAUGAUGAAGAAAGGGAUAUAAACAAACAUGAUCUGCCAAAGCUCGUGUAUAUGGAAGCAGUGAUCAAAGAGACUUUGAGGUUAUAUUCCCCGGCUCCGAGAUUCGCUCGGACUUCUAAUACUGAUGUCAAGCUGAAGAACUAUACCCUACCAGCCAAUUCUACGUAUAUAAUAUCAGUGUACGGUCUUCAUCGUCAUGCGAUGUGGGGGCCGGACAAGGAUCAGUUCAUACCGGAACGGUGGUUGGACCCGGCACGGUUGCCCAAAAAUCCUAACUUUUUCGCUGCUUUUAGUUUGGGCAGACGCAACUGCAUCGGCAGAUUAUACGGCGUAAUGGCGAUCAAAACGACUCUGUCGUAUAUAUUACGACAUUUUCGUGUCUUCAGUGAUAUUGAGAAGUUGGAGACAGGAUGUGAUGUCCUCUUAAAACCAGUGGCUGGCCAUUUCAUAAGUUUAGAGUCAAGGGUGUAGGAUGAAAAAAUAAAAACAUACUAGAAUGAACUUUUACACGCAAUUAGAAGACAUGGACAUUGCAAUGAUAAUUUGAUCAGGGAUUCAAUUUUAAGGUCUUUGUAUCAAAGUAUAGAGGCUGCAAAAUAUCUCUGAAUAGUGAAUACGACAAAUAAAUUCAUUUAGCCUACGUAGACACUUUAUAAGAGGAUGUCCUUGUGUAAUGUAGAAUUAUAUAUUCCAAUAAAUAACUAUGUUGCUUUAAAGAUACGUUGUGAUGAAAA